AUGAAGGGAAAACCCAUUGAUAGUGCAUUGGGAAGCUUGAUGUACGCUCAAGUAUGCAUUAGGCCUGACAUUGCUUUCAUAGUUGGCGUCUUAGGACGAUACCAGACUAAUCCUGAGAAUGAUCAUUGGAUUACUGCUAAGAAACUGAUGAGAUAUUUGCAGUAUAUGCUUGUUUUUAGGAGAGUUGACAACCUAGAAAUAGGUGGGUAUACUAACUCCGAUCUUAUUGGGUGUGUUAGUGAUAGGAAAUCUAUUUCUGGUUACAUUUUUAUGUUAGCUGGAGGUGCGAUAUCAUGGAAGAGUAAAAAGGAAACUCUUGUCGCCUAUUCUACUAUGCAGGCAGAGUUUGUUGCUUGUUAUGAUGUUGCCACUCAUGCUGUUCGGUUGAGAAAUUUAGUGACUGGACUUCGUAUUGUUGAUUCCAUAUCCAAGCCACUAAAGCUUUACUGUGAUAACAAUGAAGCUAUGUUCUACUAUAAGAAUAAUAAAACUUUUAACGAUUCUAAGAAUUUGGAAUUAAAGUAUUUGACAGUCAGAGAUCUUGUAAAGAAAAAUGACAUUGUUGUUGAGUACAUUGGUACUGAUUUCAUGCUAGUUGAUCCCCUAACUAAGGUACUUAGGCCCAUUGUGUUUAAAAAUCAUGUUGAGAGCAUGGGAUUUGUGAGUUCUCUGGAUGUACUUGGUUAG